UUUUUCUUUACACCUUGGAGAAAACUUGGAGUAAACCCAAAACCUAAUUUUGAAUUGCGUGAUCCAACUGGUAAUAAAUUACACAAUGACCGUAGCUGACUUUUUCGUGGAUAAAAACGUAUUCAUUACUGGGGGCAGCGGAUUUAUAGGAAAACUUUUAAUAGAAAAACUUUUAAGAUCAUGUUCAGGUAUCGGAAAUAUCUACGUUUUGUUAAGACCAAAAAGAGGUAACUCAAUUGAAGAGCGACUCGAAAAAAUAACGAAAUCACCUAUAUUUAACCCAAUACGCCAUCAAAAUGCAGCUGCUUUAAAGAAAAUCAUUCCAAUUAAGGGGGAUAUCUGCGAAUUAAAUUUAGGUUUAAGCGAUGAAGAUCGGCAGUUGCUGGUUAACAAAGUAAAUAUAAUUUACCAUUCGGCAGCAUCAGUUCGUUUUGAUGAUUUCCUGAAAGACGCCAUUAUUUUAAAUGUUCGAGGAACGCGAGAAGUAGCCAAAUUAGCCUUGGAUUUAAAGAACAUAUCAAUGUUCGUACACAUAUCAACUACUUAUUCUAACUGUGAUAAACUGGUAGUAGAUGAAAAACUCUAUCCAGCCCUUGCAAACUGGACCGAUGCUAUCAAGUUAGCCGAGGAAUAUGAUCAAGGCAUAUUAGAGAUUUUAACUCAGAAGUAUAUUAUGCCAUUCCCAAAUACCUACACAUUUGCAAAAUCUUUAGGUGAACAUGUUGUCAAUGAUUUAUGCAACGGAAGGGUACCAUGUGUAAUAACAAGGCCCUCUGUCGUAAUUCACACCUAUGAUGACCCAAUUGAAGGAUGGAUGGAUAAUUUUAAUGGACCAGUGGGAUUACUCGCCGCUGGGGGAAAAGGUAUCCUUAGAGUAGUAUAUGCAAAAGAAGAUAUGAAAGUAGACUAUAUACCAGCCGAUUUCGUUAUAAAGGGAAUAAUACUAGCAACUCAAUCUGAGGAUGUAAAAAAUGUCUCGGAUACUGUAGAAGUAUACAAUCUUUCCUAUAACCAUAUAACCGAUAUGAGUCUGGGAGAAAUGAUAAGAAUCGGACUGAAAAUUUGCGAUGAACUUCCAUCUGAGAGCCUUUUCUGGUAUCCCAGAGUUUCUUGUACAGGCAAUUUUUAUAUGUAUUAUGUUCAAGUAAUAUUAUUUCAUAUGCUACCAGCAAUAUUUAUUGACUUCGUUUUAAGAAUAAUUGGGCAGAAACCAAGGUUAGUUAAAUUGCAACGAAAUAUUUAUAUUGCUUCUACUGUACUAAUUCCCUUUAUGAGAAACACGUAUUGGUUCUUAAAUAAUAAAUUCAUAAGUAUGCAAAAAAAUUUAAAAGAAGAAGAUUAUACCUUUUGGUUUAAUUAUAAAUCUAGGACUAAUCGAGAAAUGUGCGAGUAUUAUAAAAAAGGAAAAAUUGGUGCCACCCUUUAUCUUUUAAAAGAGACUAUUCCUGUUUCUGAAAGAGAAAAAAGAAAAAGAGUAAUGAAGUACUGGUUUGCAGACAGGGCAUUAAGAAUACUAUUAGUUUUCUUCCUUUUGUGGAUUUUUAUAUAUAAACUUAAUCUGUUUAAAUUAGUCACUGAAAAAACAAUAUAUUCUUUUAAAAAAUUGUGUACUAGAUAGGUAUGAAACAAAUUAAAAUGUGUAAUACGCAAAAUUUAAAAAUAUAUCUUAGAAU